GAAAAGUCAGAUGUUGCACUAUCGAAAAGAGUUCUGAAAAUACAAAUUGUUAUGGAUAAAGCCUUGUUUGAUUAUAUGGGCUCAGAAGUGGCAGUUGCAGCUGAGAAAGUUGUCCAUAUCUUUGGUCUAAUCAACACGAUGUUUUCCCAGCUCAACAUGACAAUUAUACUAACUUCUUUGGAGCUCUGGUCAGAUCAAAAUAAGAUUUCACUUAGCGGGGAUGCGAAUGAUGUACUACAAAGAUUUGUGUCAUGGAAAGAACAAUUUUUGUUUCAAAGGUCCCAUGAUAUGGCAUACUUAUUAAUUUACAGGGACCAUCUUAAUUUUGUGGGAGCAACAUAUCAUGGAAUGGCAUGCAAUCCAAAGUUUGCUGCAGGAAUUGCUCUGGUAUGCAUUUUAUUCCCAUCUAUUCAGUAA